UUUCAGAAUUCAUUGCUCUUUGCUCUGGAAAACUUCAAAAACCAGAAUUUUGAUCCUUAUUAUCGUCAUUCGAGAGCAGUUAAAUAGUCUUACAGUUGUUCAGAGUAUUGAAACAUAUUAUUACAUAACCCAGCAUCUUGCAGUUUGGGUAUUAAAAAUUUCUUAUUUUCUUUUGCACUGCUCUACAAUCAUCACAUGAUUGAUGCUCAAUCAUAUCAAUGAACUACUGGCAUAUUCUCGGACUCAUCACUGUUUUGGUCGGCGAGUCUUUUUCUAGAUGCUCUGGAGCUAACUGUGAUAAAUUUUCAUGCGUGUCAGAUUUUUAUGUGCAUCGUCCAAUUGAAGCUUUUCUCCGGCCUGGAUUAACUUUUAAUUCGCCAUGUUCAUGUGAACAAGACUGGAAUACAAUGUUUUGUAAUCAAACGCUAGCGGCUCUUCAUGAAAACAAACUCCCUCUACCGACAGUCUGUGUUUGCCGAAAAUUCAAUGACAACGGGGCAAAGUGUCAGCAGUUUAUGACGAGAUGCUACCAGAAGAAAAACAAUGAAUGCUCCUGCUGCUUCAAUCAACCUAGCGAAUGGUGUAAUCAACUUAAAUGCAAAAAUAGGGAGCCCGAUUUCUCGAACGCGAAUACAACAUGCGUGUGUCAUCACAACCCAUCGGAUUAUCCCUAUGACAUAUGCAAAAAUUUGUACCCAAGGGAAAGUAAUUUUGCGAACCGACAAGCUAUUCUUGAUAAGAGCCGAGAAAAAUCGCAAGGAAGGGUCGAGUACGUUGAACUACUCGGAAAAAAGGUGUCUACUUCAGUGGUUAGCUACAUAAUUGUUGGACUACUGCUGUCAGUUUCAGUGCUCACUCUUGUGAUGCUAGUUCUUGGCGGAAAACGACUUCGACAAAAACGAGCUGAUAGACAACGCCAAAUUCGGUUAGCAAGGGAAACACUGAUUCUUCAACGAGCCGAUGACGAUAGAUAUUUACCUUCUGCAUGAUUGUUUUUCUUUUUAGUGAUUGGUAAUAGUUGAAGGGUACAUAUACGGAUCUGGUUUUGAGUUUUUUAACGUUUGGCGUGAAAGUAUUGAAAAAACGUCUGGAAAUUUUGUUUCUUACAAAUUUAAAACCAUCAAAUUAGUUUUUUUAACUCCACAAGUCACAACUGAAACUUGAUAAUUUUUUGAUGGGCCUUUACCCCAUCAGUAACUUUUUUAGUUUUAAAGUCUGUAAAUUUUUAAUGACCUAUGAUCAAAAUUGCUCAUUUCACUUUUUUUCCGCUUACUUCAUCUUGGACCACUAUACUAGAUCUCUAUUUUCAAAUAUUAAGUUGUAUAAAUUGUAAUUUAUUAUUAUUUUCAGUGAACUUUUAGAAUUGGAAACGGGUAAUACUUUAAGCUGUUCACAGUUUUUAUUUAUUUUCAAUUAUAUUUGUAUUCAUGUUAUAUAAGUAUUGGAUUUUUGAUUAAAAAUAAAUUGUUCGAUUUUUUU